AUGGCGUCCCUCGUCACUACGAACGCCGUCAAAGAACACCCUCUCCAAGACAGUGAGAGCUCCGACCGGAAGCCUCAGUUCGCAACCGAUGACCAUGAGAUCCAACGAAAUGGCCACACAGGAACAGUCAAACCACAGCAACUCCAGCGGUAUUGGGCGCGAACCCUUGUCUUGAUCCUGAUCCCGUGUAUCGUCACAGUUUGGUACGGCGUCAUCUGGGGGAGGCUCGUCUUGGGCAUCGAGAACGACGAUGCUGCCAAGUACCGCACCUUCUCAGGGUCUCUGAUCUACUACUCCUGGUUCCUCAUUGGUGUUUUUGGCUUGUCGUGGUCGCAGUAUGGACUUGCUGGCGUGGAGGUUGCCAUGCUCCAGUCGCGGUUCUGGAGGGCGCCGAAUCUUGUCGCGCUUUUGAUGCACUCCAACACCACCUGGAGCAGCCCUUCGGGGUGGUUGAAAGCCGUCUACCAUCGCGAGUUUCACAAGCUGUGGUGUUUGCUCACCCUCCUAAGCGUCGCCCCGUUUAUCGCGUUCCCCCUGUCCGGUCUUGUCUUCGAGAUUGGCGAUGGGCAUAUCAGGACAUCGGCCCACCCUUUUGUGACGGGACGGAACGCGACCACGUACAACAACGCGACAGGAGCUGGAUUGGUGGGUGGGACUGCUACCGACCUACAAGGUGCUUGGAGAAUCGGAUCGUCCCCAACCAUUCCGGGCUUCGGAGUAGUAUACACUCCUCCAGGCGUUGACAGGACUGAACAUUCUUGCCUUGAGCAGGUGCCGAAUACUCUGCCCCUGACAGAGUCCAUUCCCGACAUGUUCCUCGCGCCGCAGGCCGACGUACCGGCGUCAGGCAAACCAUGGGGACUUCGGGUUAAGUAUAACUGCUCAAUCGUUCGCACAGCCUCUGAAUUCACAGUUCUGAGCGAGAAGCCCGUGUCCAUCUUCUCAACGGUAGACGCUCCCCGUGACAAUACAAGGCCCAUUGUCACUCUCCGAACUCCUUCAGGCUAUUCGAUCCAAAUCUUCAACAGCAGCAACACCCCUAACAACGUCAACAUGUGGUCGUAUUCCGAAAUGGGGAUGAGCACUCCAACGACUGUAGGGGCCACGUACGAGACGUCUGGCUACAACAUUCCCGUCGACAUCACCCAGUCAAUGGUGUUCGAAUACGCGCUAUGGCAGCUCCAGUUCCGCGGCUACUACGACGAAGCCAACGACACCCUUGCCUUUAAUUCUACUCUUGGUCCUGUCAUUGAAGGAAUGGGAAGUCCUUUCUUCAUGUCAGAGAACAAGACGCUUGUCGGUAACGACACUUUCUUCAAGAUCCGAGGAGGCGAAAACUUUACGGUCCUAAACCCUGGUGGACAGCCAGCCAAGCUGAACGCCUCGAUCACCGACCUUCGCGACUUUUUCGACCCAACAAAAUUAACCGACUAUCAAAUGCCCAAGUAUCCAGAACCUGUCUUAGAAGUGGCGGCCCCCAUUGGUGUCCGAUGCGUUGUAUCUUCGGGCGCCGGAAUGGCAACUGUGGACGGCGUAACAUCAACCUUCAGCGACUUCGAGAGAGUUGAUCCUGACCAUGACUUCAAGGGCCUUAGAGCGGGCGUUUUCGGCCAUUUGACUCAGGAAAUCCUUUCUAGGACGAAAUUUUCCGACUUCUACAAGGUCAGCCACUUGCCGAGCGAGAUGCCGCUUGGCAGCCUAUGGAGAUACCAAGGCUACGUUCCUUCCGAGGCAUUGUUACGGUCCGUGAUGCUCGCAUACGGCAUGGAUGCACUCAAACUCAUGUACGGCGUUACAUCCGGGUUCGAAGCAGAAUGGGUGAAUACGAAUUUGACGUCUUCGCGAGAGGGGAAGAUCUUGACCAUCGCGUCGCUGAUACCGGGACACGGGACUGGGUAUCUGGUUCUAGCACUGUUCUGCCUCUGGUCGGGACUUUCCAUUGUGCUGGGUAUAGUAUACGGGUUCCGAAAGAGGCCCUCGGACAAGUUGGAUGGAUAUAGCAUGUUCAGGCGCGGUGCCGACAUGUCGGAGGAUCUCAAUCACAACGACGAAUUCUUGAGCGGGCAGUCGUUCUACGAUAACGAGAAGUUACAGGCACUUCCUAGCAGCUAA